GAAAAUCCGGAAAAAUAAAUAUACGAUGACAUAAAACAAGGGGUGCGCAUGUACGCACUCGGUUCAAGUUAGCAAACCCGCCCACUUUACAAACACCAGUUUCGUGGAAGUACCCUUCUCCUCUCCUCUCUAUCUUCCAUAAAAAAAUGCUCACAAGUGCAUGCACCUCGCCCCUAAAUAUAACACCCAAAACACAACCUUUCUCUCAUUCACACCUCCUCCUCCUUUCUCUCUCUCUCUCUCUCUCUCUCUUGCACUCACUCCUCACUCAGCUCGAACAAACACCAUCACUAUUUCCAUGGAAGCGAUGAAUAUGUGCUCGUCAUCUACUUCGUCUUCCGGCACUUCCUCGUCUGAGUCUUCCCUCCGGAGAAAUCCCAACAAGCCCGAACGAAUCAAGGGCCCGUGGAGCGCUGAGGAGGACCGGGUCCUGACCCAGCUCGUCGACCGCUACGGGCCUAGAAACUGGUCAUUGAUAAGCCGGUACAUAAAAGGUCGAUCUGGGAAGUCGUGCAGGCUCAGGUGGUGCAACCAGCUGAGUCCCAGCGUCCAGCAUCGACCCUUCUCUCAGGCCGAGGACGAGACCAUCUUGGCCGCACACGCUCGGUUCGGAAACAGGUGGGCCACCAUUGCCCGCCUGCUUCCGGGUCGAACUGACAACGCGGUGAAAAAUCACUGGAACUCGACGUUGAAGCGGAGGGUCAGGGGAGAUCAACUAACGGAGGGUGGUAGUUUUGGGGGCGGCGGCGGCGGCAAUGUGAGUAGUAAUGAGGGGAUGAGCACGAGUUCGGUUUCCGGAUCUUUGGCCAAUGGGUCGAUGGAGUUUGACCCGUUGACGGAGUUGACUUUGGCACCGCCGGGGAUUGGUAGCGGAAGCGGCGGGGCGAUGGUGGGGGAACAGCAGAGGAAUAAUGAGAGUGUGCCGUCGGGGUUUUGGGACGCGAUGAGGGAUGUGAUCGCUAGGGAGGUUAGAGAUUACGUGGCGACAACAUUUUCAGAGCCUUCGGAGCUUCAUAGAUUAAAUUAAUCAUGUUUUUAAUUUUCUGAUUAUGUUUUUGUUAAUAUGUUGGCUUCGAUUAAUUCUCAGAGGCAAAAAAUGUGAGAUUUUCGAAUGAACAUAAUUUUAAAAAAUAUUUGAAAUUAUGAAAUUGUAGUUCUGUUGAAAGUGGUGUUUCCAGCCUGUCACCAACGAACAAGUGGAAGCUGAAUGGAAAAGACAAGUAAGUGGAGGAUGUUAUAUAAAAUUUCUGUUCACUGACAUAUGAUAUUGUUGAGAUGAUUUAAAAUACUGUCAAGUAGAUUUUAGAAUAUC